CCCAAGUCAGAUGCUUAACCGACUGAGCCACCCAGGCGCCCCAUACAGGGUUUUUUCUUGAACUGCUUGUGUGGGGAGGUGGUGGAUUGGCACACACCUGUGGAGGGCUGGUCGAGUCACAGCUGAGCGUGAUGAGCUUUCCAUCUUGGAAAUGGAACCUCAGUUUGCCUCUUUCUCAGCCCUCCCCAGAGAGAAAGCCCACCCGAUAUUAUCCGUUAUUCCAUAGCUAUAAAAAGGAUCAAAGUCCUGACACGUGCCUUGACAACGUUUUUGCUAAAAGAAGCCAGACACAAAGGCCACUUACUGUAUGCAUCCGUUUUUAUGAAAUAUGGAGAAUAGACCCAUCCAUAGAGAAAAGGCCGACUGGCGGCUGCCAGGGGCCGGUGGUGGCAGAGAAAGGGAGGAAUUGCUAAUGGGUAUGGGGUUCCCUUUGGGGAUGAUGAAAAUGUUCUGGAACUAAACAGUGGCGGUGGUUGCACAACAUUAUAAAUGCAUUCAAUUCCGCGGAGUUUUGCGCUUUAAAAUGGUUAAAAUGGUGAAUUUUAUGUUACGUGGAUUUUACCUCAAUCCAUAAAAUAACCGAAGAAGGAGAACCUGUCAGCCAACCCAGGGUUGAAAGAGGAGGAGGAAGGCGAAAGAGGGGGAAGCUAGCGCAUUUCUCUGAGCUUAGGUCCCUCAUCUGGACCGUGGUGGUGGUAAUUCUCCCAUCCCCCAGCGGGCAUGAGUAAUGAGCUUGAGUAAGUGUUAUAGAAAUACUUAGCCCUAUAGGCGCUCAACGUCAAUGUUAAUUGCCUUCUUUUCUGUAUAAGUAUCGAAACCUAUUUGUCCGCUUUAUACCUUUAUUUCUUACGACUCUAUGGUCUGUGAAUCUGUUCUUCACGAGGGCUCCUCCCACUCCCUCUCCCUGCAUUUGGCAGGCUGCUCUACCAUCUGGGAUGUUGUCCUGGCUCCCGUGUUAAAGGCCAGGAUGGUCCUUAGGCCACUGCCACAGAAUCACUUAAGAGCUGCUUCUGUGGGACCCGUCGGCUGAAUCAGACUCUCAGGGGAACCUGGGGUCUGCAUUUUUAAUAAGCGCUCCAAGUGGUGAUCACGCACAUUCAGGUUUGGGACUACUGUUUCAAUUUAUUCGGGGCUUUACCAUCUCUUCCAGGAAGUCUGCUCAGACUCCUCCCCUGAGAAGCCCUCUGAUGGCCAGAGUGCUCCUUUCCUGUGUCUGAGGCUCUGGAGGCUCUGAAUGUCUGGGUCAAAGUCAGCUUGGGUUCUGCUGGGUCUGCUCUCUCCCUGCAGACUGGGGAACGCCCAGGGACGGAUGCCUGGCCCUCUCUUUCCUCUUGUCACCCUGGUUCUUCCUGAGUGUAGGAUCUCUUGGGGUGCUGUAGGAAGCAAGACACUUCCGUUUUCAGGUCCUUUGAAUCCUGUUUCCUUUACUUGUACAGAUACUUGGGAGAACUUAGAUUUUUCUCCCAUCCUACCAUUCUACUCCUGACUCUCCAAGAUGGUAUAGAAAUUGUAUUACUGUGUCACAUCAGCCUUUGCUUUUCCCGUCCCAUGUCAUCCCACAGGCUGUGCUAGGUGUGGGCCGGCCCCCACCCCACCCUAAGUGACCAUGGAUCCUGGAGCCGGCCCAGAGUCAUCACUGACCGUCAAUGAGCAGGUCAUCGUGAUGUCAGGCCACGAGACCAUCCGCGUGCUGGAAGUUGGAGUGGAUGCCCAAAUCUCUGCUGAGGAGGAGGGCAAAGGACUGGAGGGUGUCGCUGCCGAGGGCUCCCAGAGCAGAGGCCCGGCUGAAGCCAGUGAACCUGCUGGUGAAGCUGGGCCAGACAACCCAGACUCCUCUGCAGAGGCAACUGUCUCUCCCGGGGAUCCCUCCGAGCCCUGCCCCUGCGGUUGCCACCUUCAGCCAAGCCCCAAGCCAGCCUCAGGCAUCGCAGACCCUGACGCCACUGGCUGUACAAGCUGCCCCCCAGGUCUUGACUCAGGAAAACUUAGCCACAGUUCUGACAGGAGUUAUGGUUCCAGCAGGGGCAGUUACUCAACCUCUUCUUAUCCCCAUCAGUAUUGCAGGUCAAGUGGCUGGUCAGCAGGGGCUGGCCGUGUGGACAAUUCCUACAGCAACCGUGGCUGCCCUCCCAGGACUGACAGCUGCUUCUCCUACGGGGGGAAUUUUCAAGCCACCUUUAGCCGGUCUGCAAGCAGCUGCCGUGCUGAACGCCGCUCUCCCGACACCCGUACAAGCUGUCCCGCCGGUACAGGCCUCCUCGCCCACGCAGCCCCGGCCAGCGGCCCAGCCCCAGACGCUGUUCCAGACCCAGCCGCUGCUGCAGACCACGCCGGCCAUUCUACCGCAGCCCACCGCUGCCACCGCUACUGCCCCCGUCCCCAAGCCAGUGGACACCCCCCCACAGAUCACCGUCCAGCCUGCAGGCUUCGCACUGAGUCCAGGAAUUAUCAGUGCUGCUUCCCUCGGGGGACAGACCCAGAUCCUAGGCUCCCUCACUACCACUCCGGUCAUUGCCAACGCCAUUCCCAGCAUGCCAGGGAUCAGCAGUCAGAUCCUCACCAACGCUCAGGGACAGGUUAUUGGAGCACUUCCGUGGGUAGUGAACUCGGCUAGUGUGGCAGCCCCAGCACCAGCCCAAAGCCUGCAGGUCCAGGCUGUGACACCCCAGCUGUUGUUGAAUGCCCAGGGCCAGGUGAUCGCGACCCUGGCCAGCAGCCCCCUGCCUCCGCCCGUGGCUGUCCGGAAGGCAAGCACGCCUGAGUCCCCUGCUAAGAGUGAGGUCCAGCCCAUCCAGCCCACGCCAGCCGUGCCGCAGCCAGCGGUGGUCAUCACCAGCCCAGCCCCGGCGGCCAAGCCAUCUGCCUCUGCUCCCAUUCCAAUCACCUGCUCUGAGACCCCUACUGUCAGCCAGUUGGUAUCCAAGCCGCAUACCCCAAGUCUGGAUGAGGACGGAAUCAACUUGGAAGAGAUCCGGGAGUUUGCCAAGAACUUUAAGAUCCGGCGGCUGUCCCUGGGCCUCACACAGACUCAGGUGGGCCAGGCUCUGACUGCAACGGAAGGCCCAGCCUACAGCCAGUCAGCCAUCUGCCGGUUUGAGAAGCUGGAUAUCACACCCAAGAGUGCCCAGAAGCUGAAGCCAGUGCUGGAAAAGUGGCUGAAUGAAGCCGAACUCCGGAACCAGGAAGGGCAGCAGAACCUGAUGGAGUUCGUGGGAGGUGAGCCCUCCAAGAAACGCAAACGCCGCACCUCCUUCACCCCCCAGGCCAUAGAGGCUCUGAAUGCCUACUUCGAGAAGAACCCGCUGCCCACAGGCCAGGAGAUCACCGAGAUUGCUAAGGAGCUCAACUACGACCGGGAGGUCGUGCGCGUCUGGUUCUGCAAUCGGCGCCAGACGCUCAAGAACACCAGCAAGCUGAAUGUCUUUCAGAUCCCUUAGGGCUCCGCCCCCGGCCCUGUGUUCCAGCACUUUGUACUUUUCCCUUGGCCCCUGGCUGCAGCCACUGCCGUGACGGCACCUGUCGUUCUGCCACGUGCGGCUGCGCUUGUCCUGGGGUCGUGAGACUCCACUGUGUGCAUGUGCGUUCACUGCCUCCCUCCUCUCCUCCACGUAGCUCACAUCACGGGGAGGGCAGAGGGGGCCCACCUGAGAGCUCCAGGCUCCGGGCCAGUCAUGCCAAGGGACCCUUCCAUUAAGUGGUGUCACUUAAAGAAGCACUUUGCGAAGGUGGUUUUCGAAGGGUGAAUUCUGGUUGGGAACCAGAAGCUCCCCGUCUUUGGGGCAGGUCUGCGGCAGCCCCUAAGUACCACUGACCCUUAGCUCUUGUCUUUGAUGGCAUUCUCUCUCCACCCUCCCUUCCCCUGUGCUCCUCUGUGGGAGUGUCGCAGGUGCAGCAGCUCGCGCAGCGGAACCACAGCCUCAACUCCCACCCUUUGCCUGCAGGCACCCUGUCCCCGGAAGGACCCAAGGGGCACAGUUCCGAAAAGUGUGACGAGCUGCUCAGCAGGUCAGGCUCAGUGUCUGCCUUGCCCUCGAGGUCAGAAGGUUCUCGCAGCCCUGGGGCCAGAACAUGUGAUCCCUGCUUCCUUUGGGGGGAAAUUGCACUAAAGCAGAACCUGUUCAUUUGUGACCCAGGUUGGAAGGAAGCAGCUUUGAACUCUGGCCGUCCUGGAGUUGACCUGGGUCUACGGCAGGUUGGGAACUUAAUAGAUGAACCCAUCCUUCCAGAUUUUAAUCUAAACUCUGCCCGUGGCUCUCUCCCUCACUAGACAGUGAGGGUUAAAGAACGGGCAGCCUGGAAAAUCCCACUGCCCAAGCUCGCAGCACCCCGAAGAGAAAUGAAAGGAACGCUGA